AUGGAGGGUAAGGAAGAGGAUGUUAAGCUUGGAGCCAACAAGUUCCCAGAGAGACAACCCAUAGGCACAUCUGCGCAGACAGACAAAGACUACAAGGAGCCACCACCAGCACCCUUGUUUGAGCCCGGAGAGUUGUCAUCAUGGUCCUUUUACAGGGCUGGUAUUGCAGAGUUCAUGGCUACCUUCUUGUUCUUGUACAAAUCAAUCUUGACUGUGAUGGGUGUGGGUAGAGCACCUACUAAGUGUGCCUCUGUUGGUAUACAAGGAAUUGCUUGGGCCUUUGGUGGUAUGAUCUUUGCUCUUGUCUAUUGCACUGCUGGUAUCUCAGGAGGACACAUUAACCCAGCUGUAACCUUCGGCUUGUUUCUGGCAAGGAAGCUUUCUCUAACCAGGGCUGUGUUCUACAUGGUGAUGCAAUGCCUUGGUGCCAUCUGUGGUGCUGGUGUUGUUAAGGGUUUCCAGAAAAAAGAAUAUGAGGCAUUGAAUGGUGGGGCUAAUUUUGUGAACCAUGGCUACACUAAGGGUAAUGGUCUUGGUGCUGAGAUUGUUGGCACCUUUGUUCUUGUCUACACUGUCUUCUCUGCCACUGAUGCCAAGAGAAGCGCCAGAGACUCCCAUGUUCCUAUUUUGGCUCCUCUUCCCAUUGGGUUUGCAGUGUUCUUGGUUCAUUUGGCCACCAUCCCCAUUACAGGAACUGGCAUCAACCCGGCUAGGAGUCUUGAUGCCGCCAUCAUUUACAACAAAGACCACGCAUGGGAUGACCAAUGGAUUUUCUGGGUUGGACCCUUCAUUGGAGCUGCUCUUGCUGCUUUGUACCACCAGAUUGUCAUCAGAGCCAUUCCUUUCAAGAGCAGGGCUUAA